ACAAAUUUGCAAAUUCGCAAUCUCGCGGUGGUGAAAUUUUGCAGGCUUCGGCGCCAUUUGCAGCUUGGGGAUAUCCGAACCAAAGAAACUUUCACUCAAAAUGACAAAUUUGCAGAGUCGAGUCGAAAAGCUUGACGCAGCGGUUUAAUGGCGACUGUGCAUAGAAACAGGAAAAGGGUCUGCGCCUUUCGCCGUGCUCCCGAUGGUAGCGCUUUUGACAAGUGUUUCAAUGUUUGUACAUUUCAGUGAGGGCUGUGGGAGAUCGGUGGCUAUUGCGUUGGCUGACAUGCACGAAUGUGAACCGAAGAAGGGCGUAAAGAGGUUUAGGGGAACAAAUGUGAACCAGCUAUUGAAUAAAUGUUCUGAAGAUGUGAACCAACAUGUGGCGAUUACAAUCUCUGAAGAUGGGAGCCAACAUGUGACGAAUACAAGUUCUGGAGAUGUGAACCAACAUGCCAUGAAUAGAAGUUCUGAAGAUGUGAACCAACAUGCGACAGAUAAACGUUUUGAGAACCAACCAGUAUCACCUUUCCGCUUGUUUAUCGAGAGCUUUUUCAAGACCUGCAAUGGUGGAAAUAUGAUUGAAAUUGAUAGGAAAGGGUUUGAGAUCUGGAAAAACAUGUCCAAGGAGGAAAGGAAACCGUAUGUUCUUCAAGCUGCAAAACUAGAAUCUGCAUACCAACAAGCUUUGGAUAAAGAGGCUAAUGAUAUGAUACAGGUGGAUGAUGAGGCUGAUUCAGCGAUGGUUGGGAAGAUUGAUAAGUUUUACCAGUUCUGUUGUGACGAACCAUCAGAUUACUCCGAAUACUACUCAGAAGACUCAGAUGUCUGCUUUACAUUGGAGGAAUAAGGGAUCAUGGAUUUUCGAGGAGAUAUCUCAGUAAACUCGGAGACAACAUUUUACGUUAAACAUUCUGUGUAUUGGGACCAUCAUCAAAUAUGCACAGUUGGAAAGUUCAGCUGCAGGAAGUUUCUCAAAAGCGAGUCUGUUGGUUAUUGUACAGUUACAGUCAACAAUUUCUACUUCUCUUUUCUUUCCAGCGAGGAGCUAGCUUUUACAUUUUGAAGCUGGAGGAGUUUUUGUUUUGAGGCUCCUUGCAGACAUGUGAAUGUGAUCUUGGAAUGAGAAGAUGCUGAUUAACACAGGAGUUUUAUGUUUUGGUGAGAUGUUCCUCCAGCGUUAUUUUGUUUGUCAGUGUAGAGAUUGCGUUUUGCUAUAGAAUUACAUCUUUUAUGGAAACUGGUCAACUGACUGAUAUUCUAUGUGAAAGCGAUGCAUAAUACUUGGCUUCA